GAAGUGCACGUAUAGCGCAUAGCAGCAACGACGGCCUCGCCCGGAGCUGCAGAGCCCCGGCUGACACGUCCGUGUGACAGUAAGUGCAGCCGGGCGCGCGGAGCAAAGUGGAAGCUAGUCCGCGUGCGAUGCUGCUAGCCACGGGGGCUCCACGGCUGCCCCGGUUUGUAGGACUGUUUACAUCCGCGUCCACCCAGAGGCACGAUGAGCCUGCUGGACCUCCACGACCUGCUGGGCUGCUGCAGGGGGCUGGGGAACGACAGGGCAACCGAGAGGAAGAAAGAAGUGGAACGCUUCAGGCGCAUCCUUCGGAAACCACAGGUUGUGCUGGAGCUGGACCGCACCUCGGCAGCGAAGGCCAAAGGCUCCAGUUCACUCACAUGGGACUCUGUUUUCAGAUUUCUGCAGUGCUAUGUUCAGAAAGAGACAGAAAGCAUGCAGUCAAGUAGAGCCGUCACUGCGACAGCGCUGACCUCACGCAAGAAGAAGAUGGCCGAAAUGUGCAGUUUGGUCAAAUUCUUCAUUCGCUGCGCAAACAAACGCGGACCUCGUCUGAAGUGCAGCGAGCUGCUGAAACAUGUGAUGGAGGUUCUGCAGAAUUCGUACAGCUGUUCGGCUUUUGGAGAAGAUUAUAGCAGCCUCCUGGUAAAGGACAUCCUACACGUCCGCAAGUACUGGCGUGACAUCAGUGCAGAUCUUUGGCAGAAACUUCUGGACCUCUACUGCAACUUGUUCAGUUCUUCAUCCAAAUCCAUCAGCCAUGUGUUAGUGAGCAGAGUUAUUCACACGCUGGUGCAGGGCUGCUGCAUGCAGACCGAUGGAUCUAACCACACCCUGUUCAGCUUCUUCUCCAAAACACUGCUCAAUGUCAGGCAGGAGAAGCACCUGACUGUUCUGGAGCAUCUCAUCUCGGCUCUCAACAUCUUUCUGAGGUCUGCAGCCAUUAACUGCCGCAUGCGGGUGUGUAAACUGGGCGAGGAGCUUCUGCCUUCGAUACUGCAUGUCUGGAUGGAUAUGAGGCCCAGCCUUGCUCUCCAAGAGGAGAUCAAGGAGUUCUUCAAUCUGCAGAUUUGCAUUCACCACCCAAAAGGAGCCAAGACACAGGAUACAGGUGCCUAUGCUGAGGACUGGACCAGGUGGCAGACUCAGCUUUACAACUUAUAUAACGCUUUGGUUGGAGAAAUCAGCCAUAUCGGGAGCAGAGGGAAAUAUUUUACAGGGACAAGACACAUAGCUGUCAAAGACAAUCUCAUCGAGCUCACAGCGGACAUCUGUCACCAGCUGUUCAGUGAUGACAGUAAUGCCCAUGUACUGGAUGUGACCGAGGCCUCCAGCAGAUCCACCCAGUUGGGCAGUCCCAUCCACGGAUCAGCAUGCAAGCGGCGCCGCAUUGAACUCGGCUGGCAAGUCCUCCGAGAGAAGCUACAGCCUCAGCACAGCGACUUCGACGUCAUACCAUGGCUGCAGAUCACUGCAGUGCUUGCCUCCAAGUAUCCGUCCAUGGUGCCCACUCAGGAACUGGUCCCACUGCUGUCAGUGCUGCACCAGCUCCUGGCAGAGCAGCGGAGGGGGGAGAGGGGGCCGUACGUGCUGCGUUGUCUGAGGGAGGUGGCCCGGUGCCAGGCCUGCUGUCCAGAGAGGGCGCGCGUGCACGGAGCAGAGCUGGACAGGCUGUGGAGGAGGGUGUGGGCCUUGGCCCUGCGAGGGGUCAGCUCACCCCCAACGGAGGCUCUUAGCCUGGACCUGCUCUGCUCCAUUGUCCAGGGUGGACUGAUAAGUAUUGACAGAGAGUUCUGGAAGCUCUUCUCAGGAUCUGCAUGCAAACCAUCCCAGAGUGCAGCGCUCUGUCUUUCUCAGGCCUUAUCAAAAUGUCCAGUUCCUAAGAGUCUAAGUUUAAGGUCAAGCUGGGAAUAUGUGGGAAUCACGGAGGGAUCGGCUUCACAAAACCUGAAGGAGACUCUCAUAGCCUGGCUGCUAAUGAGCGAUCAGAGCGAAGAGAUGGAGGAGACCUCCAGACCUCAUCCCAUCAUCUGCAGGGACUUUCCAUACAACGUAAUUGCAAACAUCCUGGUUUCCUUGACCUUGAAAGACACCAGAGCUGGCCUGAUGUUUCUGCAGGGUUCUGAAGGAGUACAGAGUGUUUCUGUACAUGAACAAGCUCCACCUGAUACCGAAGACAUCCUGGAAGAAAUUAUGAGGCUAUACCUGCAGUUCAGCUUCAGCCCGCUGCCCUCCAAGAGCCGAAAGGCCGAGGAGUCGGUGAAGACGUCUCCGCCUCAGGCCCAGUUCGCUGCUGACACUGGGCUCAGAAACAAAUUAGAGCAAUCUCUUCUUUGUGUGGCUGGCAACCUACUCAACUGCUACUCUCCUGAUUCUGCGUCCACCCCUCCAGAGUGUCUGGUGCGCUGUUUCAGUCUACUCGCUGGUGUCCUAGCAGCGUAUGUCUCCACAGGAUGUCUGACUGAGGCGGAGGUCUGCCACUCACAGCUCUUCACUAAAGCAAAGGAGGUGGCUCGGGACUUCAGUGCGUAUAUUUCCAGUGUCAAAGUGAAGAUGUCGGAGGAGAGGACCAUGGCCACUCUGAGGGCCACCAUGAAACUCUGUGCGCCAUUGGUUGAUGGAAAAAUUAAGAUUGGUGUUCAGCCUGUCUCCUCCAGUCUCAUAAUUAAGAUUUUACCAGCUGGUCUGCUCAAUGAUCUGUCAGAAAUCUGCAAACUGUUGUUGAGCAGUGUUUCCAAGAAGGCCAGUGUGCAGUCAGUGGAUGAAGAUGAUCAUAUAGAUGAUGACUUGGACCUUACCAGAACACAACAAGCAAAUGAUAUUGACCUGUUUGAAGAUGAGGAGGAGCCCAAUAGUAGCAACAGUGGGACUCAAAGACACCUGGGAGACAACACAGACACCGCGUGUGGUCCGGGUGCAAAAUGCCUCUUGGCGGAGGAUCAGCUGGCCCAGCAGGACCUGGCCCUGCUCGCGGUCCUGGAGCUCUUGUGCAAAUGUGGCUCUCGACAGCCUGUGGCCGGCCUCCUUUUUAAACCGCAGGAUGUGCUGCGCAAGUUGCUGCUGUUGGUGGAGCAGCCAGACUUCAGCAAAGCCCUGCACCUGCACAUGUAUCUUGUCCUGCUGAAGAAUCUUCCUGCUGAGGAUUCACUUUCUCCAGAGGAAUUUGAUUUGUUGCUCCGCCCUCUGGCGGACCUGUGCGGUAUGUACCGUCAGGACCAGGAGAUCUGUGCGGCUGUGCUGCUGGCUUUGUUACCCUCCAUCAGGAGCCUGGGGAGAACCCAUCAACUGCCAGAGGAAAUGAGACAUGUGCAUGGAUCUCUACUGAAAGUGCUGUCUGCAUUCUGUUACCUGAGCGACACAGGGAAGUACACGGCAACUGUGCGAGUUGCUCUAGUGCGGUGUCUGGUUUCUUUGCUGGAGGCUGACCCGGGCUGUAAAUGGGCAGUGCUGCCUUCCACAGGUUCUGACGAAGGGGAGGACCGUCCAGUGUCUGUCGUCCUCCCGUCUCACCUCGCAGAUGCUGACCAUCGAGUCCGCAUGCUGGUAGCCACGUCGGUUGAGAGGUUGUUUCUGGAGGUGAAAUCGGGGCAUCCGCACAAAAAGAUGUUGCCAUUAAAAGACCAGCAGGCUGCUUUUGAAAAUGUUUACCUAAAGGCCCAGGAAGGAAUGAGGCUCCCAAGAAGCUGUGCUUCAACAGACCAGGAGGAUGAAGUGUUCAACCGAAAGGCCACCCUGCUGAAGAGCCUGUCCGUUGUGCUGUGUUGUAGCCCCGUGUGUGAGAAACAGUCGCUGUUUGCUCUUUUUCAGUCAUACAAAGAGAACAAUAUUGAGGAACAGCUCCUCAAAAAGGUGCUGUGCAGUGUAUCCAGAGCACUGGGCUACAGGAGUGUGAAAUCAUUUGUCAGUUCUCACCUGCACUACCUGGUUGCCGAGUGGCUCGCACAAAGACAAUCAGAUGACCGCUACACGCUUGGCUCUUUUCCCUUCAAUCUGCUGGACCUCAACACGGUCAAAGAUUUCUAUGACUCUACCUACCAGGUACUGGUCCCCCACCUGGUUUUCCUGGACGACUUUGAACAGGUGAAGUCUAUUGGCAGAUGCCUCAACAAGGAUUGGAAAGAGCUCCUGGCCGCCUGCUUCCCCAAGAUCAUGGUCAACAUCCUGCCGUACUUCUCCAUGUGUGGGCCAGACUCGCAGGUUGCGCAGCAGAGGCAAAAGGCCCACAGGGUGUAUGACCUGCUCAAAGAUGACAACUGUCUAGGAAAACAGCAAAUCGACAGCCUGAUCCACGGCAACCUGGCAGACAUAGUGGUCGAGCUGCUCAUGACUCUGUAUGAAGGAGGUGCACCUGAUGGGGACAGAGGAGACCUGAAGCGCUUCAUAGGGGAACUUGACCCUGUACCCAAUCCUCCAUACUUCGGCUCCUAUGUGAUCAAAGCUACUCUGGACUACCUCAGCAAGUGCCACAGUGCAACACACAAGUCUUUAGUAGCCAUUCUGUCAAAGACACCGAUUUCCAUUCAGAGAAUUCUGCUGGCGGUGUGUGAAAAGGCCGAGGAGACGACCAACAGCUAUGAGCGCCACCGCAUUCUGCUCAUGUAUCACCUGUUUGUCAAGCUGCUGCUCAGAGAAGUGAAGGACGGCCUGGGAGGAGCCUGGGCGUUUGUCCUCCGAGACAUCAUCUACACAGUCAUACACCAUAUUAACAGCAGACCAGUUGAGUGUGAUGAGGUUUCUACCCGAAGCCUCUCUCUGUGCUGCGACCUGUUAAGCUCCGUGUUUCAGGCAGCACUGCAGUUCUGCGAUGAUGCUCUUGACUGCCACCUACAGGUCAUUGUUGGAACUCUUACAGCUCAGGUGACCUGUCGACCAGUCAUCUCGCAGCAGGUGCUCAGUCUCCUUGAGUUUCUGGUAAUAGAGAACCAACAGAAGUUGAAGGGAGCCAUCAGCAGACUGGAGCCUUUUCCUGACCUGCCUGAAUUCAGAGAGCUGCGGUCUGUACAGCAAAAAAUCAAAUAUAGAACUGGGACCUUUACUCCAAUGCAGGAGAUAACCCACUUUCUGUCAGUGGCAUCCUGUGACUCCCUACCUCUGACCAGACUGGAGGGACUGAAAGAGCUGACCAGGAAACUGCAUGACAAUAAGGGACAAAUCAAAGAGCUGCUGAAAGAGUGCCAGUCUGAUCCCGCUGAUAGUGUGCUGGUGAAACUGGUCCUUAGUCUGCUGCAGCUCUGCAAGCUAGCGGCCAACCAUCCUGGAGGAGCUGACAUUCUUGACGCUGCAGGAAGCUGCCUGGGAGAACUGGGUCCAGUGGAUUUGUCCACCAUUGCGCUGCUUCACGGCAGAGACCUCCUUUAUGAAAAGGCCGUGUCUCUCUUCACCUGCACUGAGCUGCAGUCCGUGUACAUCAUCCUCAACUGCAUGAACGACGCACUCACCCAGCAGCGUAUUGAGGUGAGGCGGGCAGCAGCUCAGUGUGUGAAAAACAUCCUCGCCACGCGGUCAGGACUGGACUUCUGGGAGAAACACAAAGACAACAGGGACCCCAUGCUGACUUAUCUCAACCCAUUUCGAAAAACUAAGAGCAAGCUGGCUGCUGUAAGUGCUGAGGUGAGUUCGGAGGCCAGGGAGAAGCUGGAAAGUUUGGGGUUUUGGAUUCCUCAGGUGGGUGGACACAAGACCUGGCUAAAAGCGCUAUGCACCACCCUGCUGGACAGUGGAGCGGUCACAAGUGAGGCUCUGCUACUGUCAAGACCACUGUGUCUGGUGAGCGUGGACUGCUGUCAGAGGCUGCUGCCUCUCAUCAUUCACUCCAUUCUGCUACAUGACUCCGAUGGCUCAUGGAGGGAGUUGCUCUCAUCUCACAUCCAAGGUUUUUUCAGCUUUUGUUCAAGAAGUGCACAGGCCUCCAGUCGCUCUGCCACACCUCUUAACUCUGACUCUGAGUCAGAUGCUGCCAGUCAGGGUUUGUAUGACAAAACCUCUCUGCGUACCAUGCUGGCAGUUGUUGACUACCUCAGACACCAACAGAGACCACUGGACUCUCAGAGUAACUCCUGUGGCACAGUGUGUCACUCAAACUUCUGGCUGGACCUAAAUUAUCUGGUGGUGGCUUCAGCUGCUCAAUCCUGUUCUGCUCACUUUACUGCACUGCUUUACACUGAGAUUUAUGUUGAUAAAGUCAAAGCUAAGAUGGAGGAAAAUCUGAGAUCCAGGUCCAGAGCAACUCGUAAACUCAAUUUUGAAGAAAACAGCCAGAACUUCACCAUCUCCAGCCUGACUGAGAAGACUAUGGAAGAAACCAACAUUAGCCUGCAAGAGCUGCUGAUCAAUGUGUAUCGAAGCAUCGGAGAGCCGGAUAGUCUGUAUGGCUGUGGAGGGGAGACGAUACCCAAUCCACUGACCAGGAUUCGAACCUAUGAGCAUGAAGCUAUGUGGGGGAAGGCCCUGGCUUCAUAUGACCUGCAUGCUACUCUGCCUGAGGUCACUCGACUAGUGGGAAUCGUGGAGGGUCUGCAAAACUUUGGCUUGAGCAGCAUCCUCACUACCUACAUGAGGGGUUUGGAGAGUGAAGGGGUGGAAUGGGGAGCUGAGCUGAGAGAGCUCCGCUUCCAGGCCGCCUGGAGGAACACCCAGUGGGACUGUGAGCUGUCAGAGAGGAGUGAGAAAUCCAAACCUGGUUUCCAUGAAUCAGUCUUCUGUUCCCUGCAAGCACUGAGAGACAAAGAGUUCUCCAUAUUUGAAGACAAGCUAAAACAAGCCAGGGUUGCAGAGGUGGAGGAACUGUGCAAAGGGAGUUUAGAGGCAGUGUCCUCUCUGUACCCCACCCUCAGGAACCUGCAGGUCAUCAGGGAGCUGGAGAGUGUUGAACAGCUCUUCUCUAGGCCUUUCUCAGAUGAAUCUCUUAGGGACGUUUGCAGUCGGUGGCGUAAACACUCUGAGCUGCUCACUGACAGUGACUUUGCUUUGGUGGAGCCUAUUCUGGCGGUCCGCUCUGUGGCUCAGCACUCACUGAUGUCCAGGGUGGGAGACCCCGAUGGCACACAGUACCUCGGCUCUGUGAUCACGGAUCACCUCAUGGAGCUCUGCCGGCUGGCCCGCAAGGCUGGAAACACCCAGCAGGCAGAGCGGGCGGUAUACCUCAUGAAGCAGCACGGUGGUGCAGGAGCCUGGGCUCUAGCUCCAGUGUUGUCGUGGCAACUAGAGGAGGCCCAGGUGUUCUGGGCAAAGGGAGAGCAGGGUCUAGCUCUGAGCCUGUUGAGAGAGAUGAUACAUAACCUAGAAGAGAAGGUGAACCUAAAUCCUGCAAUUAAACCAGUCUACACUGAAUGCUUAAGACUUUGUGGGAACUGGUUGGCUGAGACCUGCCUGGAAAGUCCUGGAGUUAUCCUGGAUAAUUACUUGGAGAGGGCGGUGGAGGUCAUCGAGGAGGAGUCAGGAGUGCAGGACGCCAGGCUGCAGCGUCAGCGGACUGAGGCCUUCCUGUCUCUGGCGCGCUUCUCUGAUGCUCAGUACCAGAGCAUCGACAAGUACAUGAACUCCUCUGAGUUCGAGAACAAGCAGGCCCUGCUGGAAAAGGCCAAGGAAGAAGUGGACUUGAUGAAGGAGCGUAAGGUGUUGUCCAACAGAUACACGAUAAAGGUGCAAAGAGAGAUGGAGCUGGACCAGAAGGCUCUGUCUAACCUGCAGUCAGACAGACAGCGCUUUCUGUGUAAGGCUGUGGAGAAUUACAUCCAGUGCCUGGAACAAGGUGAAGAGCAUGACACCUGGGUGUUCCGCCUGGCUUCGCUGUGGCUGCAGAACGCUGGGGUAAAGGAUGUUAAUGACAUGAUGAAGAAAGGAGUGAAGCAGAUUCCCUCCUAUAAAUUUCUGCCUCUCAUGUAUCAGCUGGCUGCACGCAUGGGAACCAAAAUGACAACUGGCACCGGCGAGGACGCGGGGUUCGACAGUGUCCUCCACGACCUGAUCUGCAGAGCAUCUCUGGAGCAUCCUCAUCACACGCUCUUCAUCAUCUUCGCCCUGGUGAACGCCAACAAUGACGAGAACUUCUGCAGAGGCAGGUUAUCCAAGAGCGCUCCAGGGCAGCCGUCACCAUUUGAUGUGGCUCGUUCAGAUAUGGCCAGGAAAAUCAUUAGCGUGUUAAGGAAGAAGAGAGGCCAGAUGAUCCGGGGGGUCGAGCGCCUGUGUGACGCCUAUAUCGCUUUGGCCAACAUGGAUGCUAGCAAGCACAAAACCGAGAAGAAGGCUAUUCCCAUACCAGCUGAUCAGCCCCUCAUGCAAAUCAAAGACUUGGAUGAGGUUGCCACCCCCACAAUGGAGAUCAAGGUGGAUCCUUCUGGUUGCUAUGACAACCUGGUGACUGUCAGAUCCUUCAUGCCCCGGUAUCACCUGGCUGGGGGGGUCAACUUGCCCAAGAUCAUAGACUGUGUCGGCUCUGAUGGAAAGAGCAGGAGACAGCUGGUCAAGGGCCAGGAUGACCUCAGGCAGGAUGCUGUGAUGCAGCAGGUCUUCAGCAUGUGCUCCAUGCUGCUGCAACGUAACACGGACACACGCAAGAGGAAGCUCAAUAUCAGAAGAUACAAGGUGGUGCCGUUCUCCCAGCGUAGCGGCGUGUUGGAAUGGUGUUCAGGCACAAUGCCCAUCGGCGAGUUUCUGGUGGAUCCCACUAAAGGAGCACACAAGCGCUUCAGACCCCAGGACUCGAGUAACUUAGCCUGCCGCAAGCAGAUGAUGGAAGCUCAAAGACUUGGGUUUGAUGAGAAGCUGCAGACCUACAUGGAGGUGUGUAAGAACUUCAGGCCAGUCUUCAGGUAUUUCUGCAUGGAAAGAUUCCUGGACCCUGCGGUGUGGAUGGAGAAACGGCUGGCCUACACACGUAGUGUGGCCACAUCCUCCAUAGUUGGCUACAUUGUAGGUCUGGGGGACAGACACAUCCAGAACAUCCUGAUUGACGAACAGACAGCUGAGUUGGUUCAUAUCGAUUUAGGUGUGGCCUUUGAGCAGGGGAAGAUUCUUCCCACCCCUGAGACCGUCCCCUUCAGACUGUCCAGAGACAUCGUGGACGGGAUGGGAAUCACUGGAGUGGAGGGAGUUUUCAGGAGAUGUUGUGAGAAGACCAUGGAAGUGAUGAGAAACUCUCAAGAAGCUCUGCUGACUAUUGUGGAGGUGCUGCUCUACGACCCUCUGUUCGACUGGACCAUGAACCCUCUGAAGGCCUUCCACCUGCAGCACGACGAGCAGCAGGAGCUAAAUGCAACUCUGGGCUCCACCAUGGGGGGAGAUGUUAUAGAUAACCAAUGUAAAUCCAGUGACAGUCAGAGCUUCAACAAGGUGGCGGAGCGGGUGUUGCUUCGGCUGCAGGAGAAGCUGAAAGGGGUGGAGGAGGGUACGGUGCUUAGCAUCGGGGGGCAGGUCAACCUGCUCAUCCAACAAGCAAUGGACCCCAAAAACCUCAGCAGACUUUUCCCUGGCUGGCAGGCCUGGGUGUAGAGAACAGCUGAGCAAAGGUACUCUGGAGGCAGUAGUUGUCAGACACGUCCAUAUAUGGACUAUGCGUAUAACUCCCACAGCAUUUAUUUCUGGGUCAGACCGGGUUCUGUCGGUUCCCAAGAAGUUCCAUAUUCUUCAUCACAUAAUAUCCAAAGUUCCCAUCACCCUCAUACUGUAUCUUCCAGUAGUAAAGACACAGAACUGUCAAUUUGAAUCAUCACUUUAUAAACAACUUUGCACUUUAAUGGAAGCUAAUCAAAAUUAGAAACUAAAAAAUAUUUUUGAUGCAGAGUUCUGAAAAAAAAAAGGUGGACAGUGUUUUACCCAAGGAGAUGUGAAUGUUGUCUGGACUGUAUAUAUUUUUUAAUAAUAAUCGAUAAUGCCCCACGCUUUUUACCAUUAAGCGUUGAAUGUAUGAUGUACCUUUAAAUAAACUAUACUUAAAGCACAA